CCUUAGUGGAGGAGGGACUAUGAUAAAUCUUGGCUUCGUUGCCCUUUGACUUAAAAACACUCAAUUAUAGACUUUUUCGUGGGUUGUGAGUGUCACGUUUGGAAUUACUGAUUGUCUAAUUGUAUGGAAAUUAUCUGGAUCGAGUGACAUUUAAAUGCAGUGAGUGACUGGUCGGCGGCCACAGUGAUGGUGGGUGACAGGCGGCAUCCACUGCUGGCACAGAUGCCCGCCCCGCCCACCCACGCCCAGAGACCGGGCAUGGUUGGGGUUCCGGGCGUGGGCGUCAAGCUCAUGCAGGAACCCGGCUUUGCCGCCCACGACUCCCACCUGUACGCCCACCGGGACCUCCAGCAGGCGUCUGGAGGCGCGAGGUACCGAGAGGAUCACUCGGCCUCCUCGUCCUCCGCCUCGGCGCAGGGCCUCAGAUACUUCCACAUGGCCGCCGCCGCUGCAGGAGGCGCCGUCGGGGAGGACGAGGGCGGCAGGCGACAGAGGGCGCUGUCCCCGGGGUCGCAGCACUCGGCGGCCGCCACGUUCUUUGCAAGGAAUCUUCCGGAGAGCGGAGAACCUUAUACCAAGGCCUUAUCCCCAAUCCUAGCCUUCAAGGGAACAGCUGUUUGGGCCUCAUGA